CCAUCUGCAGGCUCUCUGCCUUUUCUUUCUUGGGUGCCCUUCGCCUCUUUUUGUUCCUGUACGAGGCCUAACGGGCGGUUCUUGGCCGCGUUUCUUGGAUUCCUCGGGUUCUCGGAGGAGAUGAGCGUCGUGGGUGUUGCGUCUUCGUCUGCGUUCCUUUGAAAGAAAGGCGGUGUUUGCGCGGAAAGCCGGUGCUUGGGGAGGGAGCUCUCCGCGAAAGGAAGACGAGGCGGGUUGGCUCGAUUCCAGGCUGAAAACGCAUUAAACAUGGCCGAGAUUGGCUCUUGUUCCGAAACGGAUGGUUCUGCUCUCAGAGAAGCACUCUUUGCUCAGCAGCAACUCCUGCAGAAGCUCUACAAUGAAUUGGAUGAAGAGAGGGAAGCAUCCGCUACUGCGGCUAGUGAAGCCUUAUCGAUGAUACUGCGCUUGCAGGGCGAAAAGGCGGCCGUCAAGAUGGAGGCCGAUCAGUACAAGAGAAUGGCCGAGGAGAAGAUGUGUCAUGCGGACCUGUCCCUGGAGGUGUUUGAGGAUGUUAUUUACCAGAAAGAGAUGGAGAUCGCUUCGCUUGAGUUCCAAGUCCAAACUUAUCGGUAUAAGCUUUUGGGCAUGGGUUACGCUGAUUUCGGACCCAGUGAAAGUAGAUUUCUGGAUAAUCUGUUUAUGCAAAGAGGAGAUGUCUCCAAUGGUGGGAAGGGGUUGAAUGGCGGUGUGAGGAGACUGAGCUCUUUGCCUCCAGGUUGCUUGAAGGAUCCUAUGCCAAAGAAAGGCGUCAUCAAAAGACAAAAGCCUGUUUUCCCUAAUCUAGAUGUGGUUUCGAGAAUAGUCGAUGAGAAUCCAGAUCUGGAAGGUACAGGCGAGAGCUUGAAUUUCGAGAGAAAAUCGGAAUAUUCGUUGAAUGAGGAUUUCAGUCCAAUUUGGGAGCAGAUCAGAAGAUUAGGGGAUCGUGUGAAUGAAAUGUCGGAAUGUAGGGACAUUGGUCAAGAUAAUGAUGACUACUCUAUCGGCGUGUCUAGGUCCUGUGCCAUUGUUUCUCGUGUGAGUGCACCGCCAUGCUAUACAAAGAGUGAAUGGGACAAUGCGAAGUCUGAUCAAAUGAACCAUUGUGAAAAUCUCUACACGGCGGAAGUGGUUGAGAACUCUGCUUGUUCGACAAGUAUUCAAGAUAUUUUUGAAGUACCGCAGAGUGAUGAGAGCUGUAAAAGUCAUGAUGUUCAGGUAAAAGAAUGGAGUGAGCAGGAAUCUGAAGGCGAAAAUAGGCUCGGGAAGCCGGAUUUAGUCACUGACCAAACUGACUGGAUAAUGAAAAUGCUGCCUUCGUUGAACCAUGACAAGAUGCCAUCUAACUCUACACUGAGAGGGAAGAUGAGUGCUGACUGUGAUGGGUUCCAGGAAGCCCACAAAGCCAGGGUACCCAAACAUCGGUCUGAGUUUCAACAGCUGAGUGAAAGAAUCGAACGGCUCGAGACAGAGAGGAAUGCUAGAAGCCGAGAAAUCGUCCAUGAAAAUGAAGAGGAAAUGAACUUACUGAAGGAGAUACGAGAACAACUGAAUUCAAUACAGCGUGAGAUGAGGCGUGAGAACAAAAGGAAAGACACUCAACUUUACGACUUGCCCCUUCUCAGCCUAAAGGAAGCUAUGUUGCACUUCUGGCUCUAAUCAAGCAAGAAAUUAUGGCAAUAGCUCCUCAAAUUUGGUUUUGGAAUGUGCUUUUGACGGACUAUCGUCUUGCCUCUCUUCCCAGGUUGGUAUGAAGGAAAGAUUAGUCUCUUGACUUUUAUUCCGAUUGAUGAUGUACAGAAUCGAAAUAUUCACUUUGGAAUCUGUUAAUCGACACAUGGGAGACAGAUGAUUCGCUUUUGUGAGGAUAAUGUGCUUUUCAUGCUCCUGUUUGUGCGUUGUGAAUGACGGAAAUGCUCCGUGUCUUCACAAUUGAGAUGAGAGUGUAUAUUGGUUUUCAUGUGGGUCUUUGAUGUAGUUGCAAUGUUUGAGCUCGAAAUCAUUGUCGAGGAGCCUUUUGAUUGCCCAUUGCGCUUUAAAUUCGUGCCCUUUUUCUCUU